GCGGCGGCAGCGCGUGGAGCACGAGUUUACGAGUCUUGGUGCGCCCGAGCAUGGAUCUGACGAGGCAGCAACAGCAGCGGCGAUCGCUGGCGAGCGCGUGCCACGGCCCGUUGCCGUUUCCACGUAGGCCGUGGAUGAGCGAGACCGGCGUCGCCGCCGCCGCCGCCGCCUCCGGCAACCUGGGCCUCAAAGGGGUCAUAGCCGGUGGUAUUACUGGAGGGAUAGAAAUUUGCAUCACAUAUCCGACCGAAUACGUCAAAACACAGCUGCAGCUGGAUGGGAAAGCUGGUGCUGGAAAAGAAUAUACGGGAAUAGCCGACUGCGUCACCAAAACCGUCAAGACUCGCGGAGUCCUCGGCUUGUACAGAGGCCUGUCCGUCCUGGUUUACGGCUCUAUACCGAAGUCGGCGGUGCGAUUUGGCGCUUUUGAAUCGGUGAAAAACCAGUUGGUCGACGCGGACGGAAAGCUCAAUCCGCAAAGGCGGCUCCUCGCCGGUCUCUGCGCCGGGGUGUGCGAGGCUAUUUUCGCGGUUACCCCGAUGGAAACGGUUAAAGUGAAAUUCAUCAACGAUCAACGUUCGGCGAAUCCAAGAUUCAGAGGAUUUUUCCAUGGUGUACGCAUGAUUGUGAAGGAACACGGCUUUAAAGGAGUAUACCAAGGAGUAGUGCCCACAAUCUUGAAGCAAGGAUCCAAUCAAGCCAUCCGUUUCUUCGUGAUGGAAACUUUAAAAGACUGGUACAAAGGAGGCGACAAUACUAAAAGUGUUCCUAAGAUGGUCGUCGGUGCGUUUGGUGCGGUUGCUGGCGCAGCAUCAGUUUUUGGAAACACGCCUAUUGAUGUCAUAAAAACUAGGAUGCAGGGAUUGGAAGCUUCGAAGUACAAGAGCAGCGUGGACUGCGUGAUCCAAGUGUGGAAGAAAGAGGGUCCAACGGCAUUUUACAAGGGAACCAUUCCGCGAUUAGGCCGAGUAUGUUUAGACGUUGCCAUAACAUUCAUGAUAUAUGAUUCCUUCAUGGAACUUUUUAACAAAGUAUGGCCUUAGGUCUGUCGCAUUUUGUACAUACGUAUACACGAUACAUUCUCUCAGAUUUUACAAAUAUUGCUUUUACGUUGACGUAUUUUUUACAAGCGUAUUUGUACAACGUAUUUUUUAGAGUUUAUUUAUUAUCAUAUUCUUAUUUAAGAUGUAUGUGAUGAGAGAAACGUUUUUCAAUGGCGAUGUUUAUAACAGACAUAUGUAUGUAUAUCGGAAAUCAUAAUAGGGCAAACGUGUCGCGAGUGCAUCUCUUUGAUCGUUUUUACAAGAAAAAGAUGUGAGCUUUCAUUUUGCACGGUAUAAUUGUGUGAUAUUACUACCUCCAGCUCUAGUUGCAUUCAUAUGAUGUGCGAUACAAAAAAAUCAUAUUAACUGCAGAAAUGUUGUGCUUGGUUGAAUGUGUGUGUCGUGAAAUAAUUCGUUUAGCAUUAUAGAAUCUAACAUUCUGCAACGACGUUACAUUCCUGCAAUCUCAGUCCAAGAUACGAAUAUACGAGAGUGUCGUUUUUAUAAACUCUUUUAAAGUGCGAGAAAAUAGUCGGUGUGUAAUAGAUAUAUAAGCCACAACGUACAUAGAUGACAAUACAUAGAUAUAUUUAUGUACAAUUGUGUACAGAAAGUUGUGUAGCACUAAUUGAUAGAACACAAGGAAAGCUCUCCAACGAUUUUCAUUUUGAAUAAUUUCUCGAGCCUGAGAACUACAUCGAUGUUGCAGAAGUAAAUAUAGAAGGAUGAUGUAUGUUAAUAAAAAAAAAAAUGCAAGAUAAUUUUA